AUGGUUCAAGGGCCCAUGGGAAACUGUGCCAAGCGGCCCCGACACCGGGGGGCCUAAGGUAGGAGGGACUGCUGGCAGUGGCCUGGCUCCCCGCCAAGGGGGUCCCGCCAUGGCCUGGGCCCCAGCCCGGAGGAGCAGGGGAGCCCUGGGCCGGGUGUUCAGGGCCGCUACUCCGUGCUCAGUAGCCUGGUGGGGCCUGCCUGCGUCUUGCUGUGGCCCAGCGUCGCCGCCACCCAGCUCGACCGGGAGCUGCGGCCAGAGGAGAUUGAAGAGCUGCAGGCCGCCUUCCAGGAGUUUGACCGAGACCGGGACGGCUAUAUCGGCUGCCAGGAGCUGGGAGCCUGCAUGCGGACACUGGGCUACAUGCCCACGGAGAUGGAGCUCAUCGAGAUUUCACAGCAAAUCAGUGGCGGGAAGGUGGACUUUGACGACUUUGUGGAGCUGAUGGGCCCCAAGGUGCUGGCGGAGACUGCGGACAUGAUUGGCGUCCGGGAGCUGCGGGACGCCUUCCGGGAGUUCGACACCAACGGGGACGGCUGCAUCAGCUUGGGUGAACUCCGGGCGGCCCUGAAGGCCCUGCUGGGAGAGCGGCUCAGCCAACGGGAGGUGGACGAGAUCCUCCAUGACAUUGACCUCAACGGGGACGGCCUGAUCGACUUUGAAGAGUUUGUGCGAAUGAUGUCUCGCUGA